GGCGGCGGGGGGGAGGCGCCGCUGUGCCUCCUGAGCUCCUCCGCCCCCCCGCCGCGGGCGCGGUGUGGGCCGGGGGGCCGCGGGUGCCCCUCAGGAGAGCGGGGCCGCGGCGGCGCUGAGGGGGAGCGGGCAGAGCGGGCGGGUCCGGUGCGGCGGAAAGGGCACGGCCCGCCGCCCGCUGCCCUCGGAGGGGCUCCGAGUCCCCGGGGGGAGCGGGCAGGGGCUGUGGAGGGGCCGCCCCGCUGCCCCCAGCCCGGUGCGGGGCCGCGCAGGAAGGGCAGAGCCCCGCGGAACGGGAGCCGUCCCCUCCCCCAGCUCUCCCAGCUCGCACGUUCGGGCCGUGUGGAGGAAUCUGAGGCCUUUCUCCUGUGGCAGCACUGCAGAGCAGGUCGCCUCUGAUUUCACAUCUCGCUUCCGCCUGCCAAGCUGUCUGAUAUGUCGGGACCCGUGCCGAGCAGGGCCAGAGUUUACACGGAUGUGAACACACACAGACCCCGGGAGUACUGGGACUAUGAGUCUCAUGUUGUUGAGUGGGGAAAUCAAGAUGACUACCAGCUAGUUCGAAAAUUAGGCCGAGGCAAAUACAGUGAAGUAUUUGAAGCCAUCAACAUUACAAAUAAUGAAAAAGUAGUUGUUAAAAUUCUCAAGCCUGUUAAAAAGAAGAAAAUCAAGCGUGAAAUCAAGAUCUUAGAGAACUUGCGAGGCGGUCCCAAUAUAAUCACCCUUGCAGAUAUAGUAAAAGAUCCUGUGUCUCGAACACCCGCUCUGGUUUUUGAACAUGUAAACAACACAGACUUUAAGCAAUUAUACCAGACAUUAACAGAUUAUGAUAUUCGAUUCUACAUGUAUGAGAUUUUGAAGGCUCUAGAUUACUGCCAUAGCAUGGGAAUCAUGCACAGAGAUGUCAAACCUCACAAUGUCAUGAUUGACCAUGAGCACAGAAAGCUCAGACUAAUAGACUGGGGUUUGGCUGAAUUCUAUCACCCUGGCCAGGAGUACAAUGUCAGAGUGGCUUCCAGAUAUUUCAAAGGACCUGAACUUCUUGUAGAUUAUCAGAUGUAUGAUUACAGUCUGGAUAUGUGGAGCUUGGGUUGCAUGUUGGCUAGUAUGAUAUUCCGAAAGGAGCCAUUUUUCCAUGGCCAUGACAACUAUGAUCAGCUGGUGAGGAUAGCCAAGGUUCUGGGGACAGAAGAUCUGUAUGACUACAUUGACAAAUACAACAUUGAGCUGGAUCCACGUUUCAAUGACAUUUUGGGCAGACACUCCCGUAAGCGAUGGGAGCGCUUUGUCCACAGUGAGAACCAGCACCUGGUGAGUCCAGAAGCUCUGGAUUUCUUAGACAAGCUGCUGCGAUAUGAUCACCAGUCACGACUCACAGCAAGAGAAGCCAUGGAACACCCCUACUUCUACCCCAUUGUGAAAGACCAGGCUCGGAUGGGCUCGUCCAACAUGGCGGGUGGCAGCACUCCUGUCAGCAGUGCGAGCAUGAUGUCAGGGAUUUCUUCAGUGCCAACACCUUCACCCCUUGGACCUCUAGCAGGCUCACCCGUCAUCUCUGCCACCACCACCCUGGGGAUGCCGGUUCCAGCUGCUGCGGGCGCCCAGCAGUAGUGACGGGCUCUGUCUCCUGCUGCCUGAGCUGAGUCAGGUGGGGAAGAGGUUUCCCCCUCCACCUCUCCUCAGGACGCAGCUCGUGCCUGGCAGGGGAAGGGAGGGGAUGAACGCUUUGGAGACACCGUGUCUGAACUGUUGCUUGUGGAUUUAUAGUAGUUCAGUCAUUAUAUACAAAAUUAUUAUAGGCUGAUUUUUUUCUUUUUUUACUUGAACUUUUCGUAACUCAGGGGAUUCCCUGAAAAUACCUACAGAUGGAAUACUUCUUGGACAGUUUUUCUUUCCCCCUCCCCCACCCCUCCCAAAAAAAAAAAAAAAAAAAAACCUAAACAAAGCAGCAAAACAACUCUUCAUGUAAUAACAAAGAUGAAUCAACAGCAUUUCCAAGCUCUUGCAUCCUGCUGGAAAUCUCUUCUCUUCAUGUUCCCACCAUUAUUCCUCCACAAGCCUUGGGGGAUUGUGCUGUUCUCCAGAGACUACCAAACCAAGUCUUCAUGAGGCAGGGGAGGGGAUUCUUAAAGUACCACUCACUUGAACCCCGUGUCCUGCAUAUGUCCCAGCCAGGGUACACUGAGGAGACAAUUCCAGUAGGGAGAGGUGGGAUAAGCUUAAAAGGAGUAAGUGCAGAUAGUGUCCAAAACCCUAAUUGGAUUGGAUAAUGUCUCCUUAGGAGUCAACCAGAAUGCUAACUCAGCCCUUGCAUGUAAUUUUAGUCUUAAAAAUGAAGUUACUGAUUCAGUUGGAGUCCUUGGCACCUCCUGAGACAGGUGCUCCUGUAGAGUACGCCCUGCUCUCAUCAGCCCCUUUCUCGUGGAGGGUUCUUCCAGCCAUUGCUUGGCUUGGAUCUCUGGAAUUAAUUUGUUAUUGGGUAUAUUGUUUUUAAAUUGUUUCUAUAGGUUUCGAGCUGGUGGCUACUUAAAGCUGGAAAAAUCAGACUGCGCCAAGUCCGAUCCCACAUCUUCACCCACCAUCCCCUCCCUCACGUGCCAUGUGGUGAGAAUACCAGUUACCUCACAGUCUUGUAAAUAUGCACUGAGAGGAAGGAGCCAGGAGACGUUAACUUAAACUGAAAUGGUAGAUCAGUAAUUGUGGACAAAUAUUAUCAUUGACAACGGAAAAGCACCCUUGUUACAGCCCUGCUACCCCUUGCUGUGUAUAUAUACUUUGUCCUUCAUAUGUGAAAGAUCCAGUGUUGGAAUUCUUUGGUGUAAAUAAACAUUUGGUUUUAUUUA